AUGACUUCGAUUUCCAAUAUUGAAAACGACGAAAGUUUAUUUCUUCUCGACGAACAACCACCGCCAAUUUUACAAAAAUCUGAAAGUUUUGAUGAUGAUCAUAAAUAUCAUGGUUUACGAUCGAUGGAGCGUAUUUUAUCUGCAUCAUCAACCACAACAUUAUCGAGCCAACAGCAGCCGCCAUUUCGAUCUUUAUCUGCUCAUGAUUUAGUUCCAUCAAUGAAUACCAAUGAUUUCGGGUUACCGCCGACGCAUCCAUCUCGACGUCCAACAACAGCAACCACAACCAGUACACGAGCUAGUGUAAAUGAUAUUGAUACAUUUGUACGUCAAUUUGAAGUACGUCUUCGUGAACAUCGCUUUAUUUGGCAAAAAGAAUAUGAUUCAACUGUUCAACGAAUGAACGAAACAAAGAAUACAGAAUUAGAAGCAUUAAGAAAUCGUUAUGAAACUAAAUUACAUACAUUAGAAGAUGGGAAUAAACAAUUAGAAAUGAUUUUAGAGAAGCUUAACGAAGAAAAUCAACGAUUGAAAUUCGAAAUGGAUCAUCAAAAGCAGCAAACUAAAAGUGAACAAAUAACUAUCCAAGAACAUUUGAAAGAAAUUCAAAGUGAAAUGGAACGUAAAGUUCACGAAAUAAAACUACAUCAUGAAAAUGAAAAACAAGACAUAAAACGUCAACACUCACGAAUACAUCAAGAUUUACUUGAAGAAACGAACCAACGUUUAAAAAAAAUGGAGAAUGAUUAUAAAUCUCAACAAGGAACAAAUGAUUCAACAAUAAGUGAAAUGGAAAGAAGAAUGGUUGAAUUACGUUCAAAUGUUGAUCGUCUUCAACAGUUGAAGCAAAAACUUGAUGAAGAAAAAAUUUCAUUAGUUAAAACUAAUGAAACUUUACAAUUGCAGACUCAAGAAUUAACAAAUAAAUUGCGUCAUGCCGAUCGUGAUCAUGCUGAUCAAGUGCAACGCUAUGAAAAUGAAUUGAAAUCUCUUCGUCUUCGUAGUGAAUCAGGUGUUGAUUUAUUACGUAAAGAAAAUGAUCUAACAAAAACUAAAGCCACAAAAACGAUCGAUGAACUCGAAAAACAAUUAUCGACAAUAACAGAAAAAUUCUAUGAUAUGCAAAAGUUAUUUGAACAAAAACUAAACGAACAACAAUCAACGUAUCAAAAUAAAAUUCAUCAAUGUGAAAAUGAUUAUGAAAAAAAAUUGCAAUUAUCGAAACAGGAAAUUAAACAAUCAAAUGAAAAAUUUCAUUUAGUCGCACAACAAAAUGAACAAUUACAAAAUGAGUUGAAACAAAAGCAUCAAGAACUUAAGCAAUUAAAUGAAACAUGUUCACAACAAAGAGAUUUAAUCGAGAAAAGUGAAAAAGCUUUUUCGCAAAUUAAAAUUGAUCUCGAAAGAAAAUUCCAUGAAAAAAUUCAAGAAAUGAAUGAUAAAGCACGUCAAAACGAACAACAAUUAAUGGAUAAUUUAAAUCGUGAUCAUGCAAAAGUCUGUGAAAAACUGAAAAUUGAAUACGAACAAACUAAAGAACAAAAUGAAGAAAAAUUACGAACAAAUUUCAAUAAAGAAAUGGAAGAAAUAAAAAACAAAUAUGAACAAGUAAUUGAAAAACACGAACAAAAAGUUAAAUUCGAUUUACAACAAGUCGAUAAAUUAUCUGUUGAAAAAAAACUCUUCCAUGAAAAUGAAAAACAAAAGCUUAUUAAUGAAUAUGAACAAUUUAUUCGAAAAAUUGAAAAACAACAUAAUCAUAAAACCGAUGACUAUGAAAAACGUAUUGAGAUGCUAAUUUCAAAAACUCAUGAACAAUUAAAAUCAAUUGAAGACGAGUUUCAAGAACGCAAUUCUAAACAACAAUCUAUUAUAAAUGAUCAACAAAAAAUGAUUCAAGUACUCAAAGAAGAACAACAUAAAAUCAAAGCAUCUUAUGAAAAACAAAAUUAUGCAGUCAAUGAACAAUGUCUUCGUGAGAAAAAUGAAAUUAAAGCUCAAUUUGAUUUAUGCAUGAAAAAUCUGGAGAAAAAUUUCAAUACAUUAACAUCAAAAAAAGAGCAACUAGAACGUAAACUAUCAUAUUUAAAUGAACAACAUAAACAUGAAUUAAUCGAGUGUCGUUUAACAUAUGAAAAUAGCUUAAAAGGUUUAUUAUCUAAUGAUGUUCGAAUGGAUCUAGAAAAUACUAUACAUUCAUUAAAACAACAAGUUGUCUAUUUACAACAACGUAUUGCUUUUCUUCAACAAGAGCUUGAACAGUACAUUCAAGUUUAUGGUCAUAGACCACUUGCUCAACCACUAGUUAUCAAAACCACAAAUCCGGAGUAA